AUGGCGCAUAACAAGAAUCACAAUCAAACACAAACAUCUCAUUCUCCCUUCACUCAACCUAUCCGCUGUAUUGUAAAAUUAGGUGGUGCUGCAAUUACUUGCAAAAAUGAGUUAGAGAAGAUAAAUGAGGAAAUUCUUCACAAAGUUUCUGAACAUCUUAGGCAAGCAAUGAUUGCUACUUCUCAGAAGCCUCCAGGGAUGGAUUGGAGUAGGAUACCUGGUGAAUCAGAAAUCAGCUGUAAACCAGAAGAAUUCGGAGAUGAUCAUGUCUCGGAAUGUAGCCGAUUCAUUGUUGUUCAUGGAGCAGGUUCUUUUGGGCAUUUCCAAGCUAGCAAGUCUGGUGUUCACAAGGGACAGCUGGAUAAACCGCUUGUCAAAGGCGGCUUUGUUGCUACGCGAAUAUCUGUAACCACUCUCAAUCUUGAAAUCGUUAGAGCACUAGCCAGAGAGGGCAUUCCUUCAGUUGGAAUGUCACCUUUCUCGUGUGGAUGGAUUACUGGUGAAAGACAUAUAUCUUCAGCCGAUUUGUCUCCCGUAGCUAGUGCUAUUGAUUCUGGUUUUAUACCUGUUCUGCAUGGAGAUGCAGUGCUUGACAAGAUUCAGGGAUGCACUAUUUUGAGUGGAGAUGUUAUCAUAAGUCAUCUUGCAGCAUACUCAAAGCCUGAAUAUGUUGUUUUCUUGGUUAAAUCUGUUCCAAAGACGCGGUUAGAUUUUCAAGAUUGUAUCAAUAUGCUAGAUAGAUAUGAUAAACCACAACUUCAAAUUAUCUUGGAUCAAUAUGUAUAUGGAGUAUAUGAUCGCCCGCCAACAGAGCCUGACGCGAUACUACUAAAGGAGAUUGCUGUUGCCGAAGAUGGAAGCUGGUCAGUCAUAAAACCAAAGUUGCAGAACUCAAUUGAGCUAACUGUUGCUGCUCAUGAUACAACUGGUGGGAUGAAAACAAAGAUCUCAGAAGCUGCAAUGAUAGCAAAACUUGGAAUUGAUGUUUACAUUGUAAAAGCAGCAACAAGCCAUUCAUUAAAGGCCUUAAAUGGAGAUCUUAGAAACAGCAUCCCUGAUGACUGGCUUGGAACAGUCGUUCGAUCAUCAAGAUAG